AUGGUCAGAUACACCGAAGAAGAACUUUUGCAAUUGCAACCCGACGUUGAAGUUCCUGUGAACUUCGACAUUGACUCUUUCAGAGCAAUCAUAGACAAGGUCAAGGAAAUUCAAGGUUUCCAGGAGGAAGAAUACCAGCAUUUUAACCGCAGAAGAUCUUCUCACCACCACGGGAAGCCAAAGAUUAAGCAUUUGAAGCCUAAGAUCAAAACGGACUCUGACGGAUGGUCCACAUUUGACAAAAACGCUACUAGAAGAAAGUCAAGCGUUGUUGCAGGCGGUGCUGGACUUUUGAACAGCAGCGAUGAGGACGCCCCAGCCAAGGAACCCACUACUAUCGCCCAGGAAACGCUGAAGGUCAAGCCUAACAAGAACAUUACUUCGACGAAGCCGGCAGAUGCUCGUGACAUUGUAGCCGACAAAGCCACCAAUAACUUCAAUGCGUUUGCAGCUCUUGAAAGUGAUGAGGAAGACGAAUGA